CCCGACUCGGAGUCACAGCUGGUUUAAAUACUGAGCGGGGGAUGCGUCGCUUCCCCAGUCGACCAUCCCUUCGUCAACGUACUAGGACAACUCGACAACAAUUCUUGCCCUUAACCCUGCUAUUGGCCUCAUCAUUCCUCCUCCAGCCCUCUGCCCACAGCAACCGCACACCCUCCCCCUCGCCGAUGAAUCAAUUGUUCCUUGCGACUUUAGCAUACUCGAGAAAAUUACCGCACCGAUGAUCAUCGCUCCCGUGUCGGUAAACGCUCAGCUCGAGCAACAUAAACCGACCACUCAGGUGAGCAGUGACCACCAGUGCGUUGCACAGUGCGCUGACCCACGGCUGCAUUUCUUCAGACUUACAUUAUGUCAUCCGUUCGCUUUAUGGCACCGAGAGGCCUGGACCAGGUGCAGUCAGACGGCCAAGGGGGGAACGUCGUUGGUGGCCCAGCAUCACAUCCCGACAGCUCAUCCUCGGGCUCGAGCUCGUCUUCGUCGGGAGGACGUGGGGCAAGCAACAUCGUUACCAGGGUCGUCAUUCCUGUCUGUGUCACGAUCGUGCUCGUCCUCUUCGCUGCCCUCCUCGUCCGUUGGAUCGUGCGGGCCCUUCGCGGUGCGCGUUCGAGGCAGGGAUUCGCCGCGACGCUUCCGACUGUCGCGGAAAAGCCGCAGCUGUUUGAGGUGCAGAUCGAGACUCCUCCUGCUGUCUACCCGGUCAAUGCUAGGUGGAACGACAUCAAGGUACGCUACUCACGUUGCGACGCGAUCCAACCGAUCACCGGGCUUACAAAAAAUGUUUACCAGCCGCUGUCGGUGAAGUACAUACCCCAAGAUGUCUACGACGUCGAACAGGCGGUCGCUGCGAACCUGUCCUCGUAUCCUGGAACCCCUGCUACCAGUCGUCCUGUCAGUAUGCUGUCCUCCUCCUCGCACUCGAGUGGAGGGAGUCGGGGAGGACGAAAGGCUGGGGAAGAUGGACGACUCCGUGUGGCGGUCACUAUAGCCAUGCCGUCGCCAAAGCUGCCGCAGUACUCCGACGAGAAGGGUAAGGGUGGGGAAACGGAGGAGGAGCCUCUACCGCUGUACCUUGGAGUGGCUGAUUUACCGUGGCAAGCCACAAAGCUUGAGGCGUGAUAGGAUCCUUGAUUUGUUUCUGUUGUGUUUUAUAUCUAUCUUGCGUUCCCGUACACUCAGGCUGAUGUUCCCUAUUAUAAUGAAACGUACUGCUGUCUUCCAUUGACUAUAAAAGUGCGCGGAAAGAUCGCGCAGACAACGCAUUCUGUUUGUCUCGUCUACAUAGAGGAUAAACGUGAGUCUUAUUGGGUGGGAAAUACUCUGUAUAAGAUUGUAAACUGUCUAACGGCGCGCCAAACGGACGAU